UUGGAAGUUUGUGGAGAAACAAGUGGAUGAUAUAAAUUUAUUAAAAAUCCUAUUCUUUUAUAACCAGAGCCACCCAAAUAUGAAUAUCAUAACAAAAUCUCCCUCUGGAAUUACAGAACAAGUGCUGUAAGGGAUUAGUGGAUGGGGUGCUGCUAGUUUCUCAUUUCCUUCCAAAAAUGGUGCCCAGACUCUCUCUAAUGGCUUCUCACCAUAUCUACCCUUCACCCCUUGCCUUCCCCAAAACAAACAUCAAGGAGUGUCAAAGUUUUUCACCUUCUUUGGCAAAACCAGACAUGCUCAAUUAUCAGUAUCCUUUUCUUAAGUCAAGUCUAUUUGUAGAGCCGAUGAAAACACAAAAUACAUGGUUUGAUGAAAGUCAGUUUGUCAAUGUUGAUUCCUCACCUCAAUGGCCUGUAUCAAUUGAUGCACAAUCACAAGAAUCCUGCUCAAAUGCAGUACUUUUAGGGUUUGGCAUUGUUGAGCGAUGCACUAAGCACGAUACAGUUUCAAAUCUCCUAAAAUCCGGAACUGCUGAAUCGUGUACAGAUGGUGCAAACAUAUCCUUGUUAUUAGACUUGAUGAAGUUGCAGUUGUCAGCCAUUAAUGAACCUCAACAACCAUUCUCAUCUGACUCCGCAUCUCUUUUAUACCUUAAUGACGAAUUCAACAUCAAGAAGCCUUUGCUGUAUUUUCUUCAAGAUACAGCUCUUACUUCAAAGGUUACCGUUCAUCUUGAUGGCCAAAUCACAUUUAUGGGUGCUGAGAUUCAGAUGAAAGAUCUUCUUUCUGUAGUUGCUGAGUCAUAUUUGUCAAAGAGCUUACAUAAGGGUGAAAAGCACUCAGUGCUUGUUCCACACUUCAGCAGGGUGAGUAUCAAUGAAGUAGAAGUACAGAGUCAUUCAUCUACAAUGAAUAUGCAAUCUACCUUAACUGUUCCUUUAAGGAGCCCUGAGAAAGUCAAACUCAAACCAUCAAAAAAGAAGAAUAAGAAAAACAACAGAGAAAGAGAUAUCUACAAGAACUAUUCACAUGCAUGUGAGAGCCUUCUGUCCUUGAUGUUCAACAAGAAACAACAUCGGAAAACAAUAAUUCCUUCGCUGAAGAAAUCCGGCCCCGAGCUUCCUGAGCUUCUUAUGCAAAUUUCUGCUGGGAUUGCUGGGACUGGCAUUGCUGUCCUACUAUCUGUUAUGUGUAAGCUAGCUUGUGGAAGGGUUAUUGUUUCUGCAUCCAGUUUUUUCACUACCGGGUUGGGAUUUGGGUUGGUUUGGCUUUCUUGGGCGGUAAGUAAGCUAAGGGCCACAAUCUUUAGCAUCAGCAAGAAUGCGGGAAAGUCGGGUUUGAAAGAAGAGGUAAUGAUUCAGAAACUCGAUAAGAGGAUUAGAGAUAUUUACUUUGGCUCCGCAGCAUUACUAGCAGUGGCAGUGCUAAGUAUUGCUUGAGUAACAUCUCCCAAAAUGUAGUUUGUUGAACUGUAAAUGUGGAUGUCUAUAGUUAUGACUAAACAGUUCCAGUAAGAAAUAUUUGAAGGUAUCAAUUGAUCAACAAUCGAAUGUAGUUAAUGUGUCAUAGUUUCAGGAAGCAUUGUUUGGUAUUGUAGUUUGUAAUGUAGAAUUUUGCUAUGGAAUCAAGCAAUUGGCUUUCUCUAGUA